GCGGCGUCGGGACCCGAGCAGCGGCGGGAGGGCGGGCGGGCGGGCGGCCGGCGCAGGCGGCCCCGAGGAUGAAGUGCAAGCCGAACCAGACGCGAACCUACGACCCGGAGGGGUUCAAGAAGCGGGCGGCGUGCCUGUGCUUCCGGAGCGAGCGCGAGGACGAGGUGCUCUUAGUGAGUAGCAGUCGGUACCCGGACCGCUGGAUCGUGCCGGGCGGGGGCAUGGAGCCCGAGGAGGAGCCCGGCGGUGCGGCCGUCCGCGAGGUGUACGAAGAGGCGGGAGUCAAGGGGAAGUUAGGCCGGCUCCUGGGCAUUUUCGAGCAGAACCAAGAUCGCAAGCACAGAACGUACGUGUAUGUACUGACUGUCACUGAGAUUCUGGAGGAUUGGGAAGAUUCGGUGAGCAUUGGGAGGAAGCGAGAGUGGUUCAAAAUCGAAGAUGCCAUCAAGGUUCUCCAGUGCCACAAACCCGUGCAUGCCGAAUACCUGGAAAAACUAAAGCUGGGCGGCUCCUCAACCAAUGGAAACUCCGUGGCCCCGUCCCUGCCAGAGAGCGCUCCCUAGUAUGUACCGCUCCUGCACAGACGUCUGCUUUCCGCCUACCUUACAAUAAAUAGUGCCCGGAGCACCUCUGAGAGCGUGUGCCCUCUCACCGGGAGGAGAGAGGCUUCUUUUGUUUCCUUGGCAGACCUCUGAAUCAGGCUUGCAAACUGUCUCAGUGGCCAGGCACUGUUUGUUUCCAGGCAAUUUGCACGUUUUUCAGAGGCUUUUCAGAAUCUCUUCUUGGUAGCCCUGUAACAUUUCGGAAAGCCAAAGUCACAGGAGUGUUUUUGUUUGCUUUUAAAGGUGCUCACCCGGACUCUAUGUGUGUGUGUGUGUGUGUUGUGUGUGCAUGCGCGCAUGUGCUUGCGCGUGCAGGUGCGUUGCGUUUUGGGUACCAGUCUUGUGGUUUGCGUUGUAGUCAAGGCCUUGGAAAUCGGAUCACUUUGGUUGUGUGGCAUUUUCAGUCAUUUUUUCAUAGGUGGUUUUCUCAUUCACAGCUUUCACCCUAGUCCGCAAGCCCUUCUACCGUGGGAAUUGAUUUGAAGGACCAGUUUUGUAUUUCCAAAAAAGUGUUUCUGAAAUUGGACAUCUCGUGCUUUCUCACUGAGCAGUCUUCAGAAAUGUGAUCUCAUUUGCCCUUUUCGGAAAUUUCUCUAUUCGUGUGUCGAUAUUUGAUUUUCAGCACACUUUUGCAACUGGUCAUUUUUUACCUCUUACUUGAAAAACGACCAUUUUCCCAUAUGGCCCAAACGUAGCUUAGCAGAAUUUUAUUUUUUUAAGAGUAAACCCCCCUGGGAAGGUAUUUUUAGCCACACACGUCCUGCUCUGUACCUGUUCAUGAAAACUAUUCAGAGUAUGAUUUACCAUGGUCAACUUGCAACUCCCAUUGCUUCUGUCUCAGUGCCCUAGAACAACCAUGGUUCUCUUGACCUAAACUAGUCUUUGAACGAAAGUUCUUUUGUAUAUUUGAAUUUGUGAUAGUCUCCUUAAACUUGUCUGAAUACCAGUAGCCAAAGGAAAGGAAUAUUACAUGGUAAUUACGUCCCAGUGGACUGAGUUAGCUUUCAUGAUAUUCAGGUUGUUAGAGGCUUCUCAAACUGUUAGGACACCUGAACACUCUCUCAUAAAGAUUUAGGAUAAACGUUUUGUGUCACACAACAAACUUUCUUGGGCGCCAGGUUAAAAGCUCUUACAUUUGCUUCAGUACUUGUUUGUAGUUAGGGGUUCUGUCUAAAGUGUAUAAGCCUCUCUUCUGCAACUACCUUUUUCCAUCUAGUCAUAUCCGCAGUUUGGUAGAGGGAAAAUCUACAUUCCGAAGAGGCAUCAGGGUAGAAUGGUCAUUCGAUAUAUAACACUUGAGCACUUUUAAAACAUCCUCAAGAGUUCCCAUUGUGGCUCAAAGGGUUAAGAAUCUGAUUAGUAUCCAUGAAGAUGGGGAUCUGAUUCCUGGCCUUGCUCAGUGGGUUAUGGAUCUGAUAUUGCCGUGAGCUGUGGUGUAGGUCACAGAUGCAGCUCAGAUCCCACAGGGCUGUGGCUGUGGCCCAGGCCAGCAGCCACAGCUCCCAUUAGACCCCAAGCCAGGGAGCUUCGAUAUGGCUCAGGUGCAGCCCUAAAAAAGCAAAUAAAUCAAUCAAUAAAUCAUCCUAAUACUAAAUAAUAAGUAUAAGGUAGAAAAUAAUGGUUAUUCAAAACAUUUGUUAGUCCUCAAAGUAACCUUUUUUUAAGCACAGUUAUUCCUGCUGAAGAUUUAAAAGAAUUUACCCUUUGUUAAAAAAAUUCAUAGUUGUGUGUACUGCUGUACUACAUAUAGAACAAUUGACAAAUCUUACAGCUUAAUGAAUCUUUACAUAGUGAGCACAUAUAUGUAAGGAGAGUUCAGUUCAAGAAUUACCAUUGCUUGUAACUCAAAUCCCAUUGCAUUCCUCUUCCUAAUUAGUACUCUGCCCUCAUGUCUUUUAAGACCAUGGAACAGUUUUCCUUUUGAACUUUAUAUUGAAUUUUAGAACAUAUACUCUUUUGUGCUGUCCCCUUGUGUGCUAUAUGUGUUUUAUUCUUCAAAAGACUCAAUUUUUUUUUUUCCAUUUGGUUGCAUUUUAACUCUCCAAACUAGUAACAUGUUUAUAUGAUUGCUUCUAAACUUGGGUUUUAUUCCACUUUCUAAAGAAGUUUGGUACCACUGUUUUGAAAACAAAUCUUAUUAUACAUUCAAGUACAGAUUAGGUAUAAAUUUCUAUUCACAAAACAUUUUCUGUACUAAUGCUAUUAAACAAAAUGAGUGUGUUUUUAAAACCCAUAACAGUUUUAUUAUCUAAGUUAUAUUGUUUGAUUAAAUAUGGUUAUUGAGUACUUUUGUUUUUUCUCUAUGAAAGUGCUAUAUAUCGAAUAUAUGUUUGAGCACAUGUUUUUGUUUCCAAACAAAUUGACUUUUACUAUUCAUACAAUCUCAAAUAGACCCAAAUAUAUUUCCCCCAAAUAACUAGUUAUUCAAGAAGAUUCUUAAAUUCUGCAUUAACACUAACACAGCAGAUAUACUGGGUUCUUAUUUUACAGACAUUUUUGCAGAUAAAUAUCCCUUCAACCUGAAAUGCUGUCACAAAUACUUUGGAGCCUUAACUUGUUAUUCCUAGAGGUAAUGAUGCACAAUCUUACUUGGUUUUUAAAUUAAGUAUCUGACAAAGGCAAAAGUGCACAACAUUCAUAUUAACCUUUUAUUUAAAAUUUAUCCUACAAAUAAAUAUAUUGUGGGGUUUAGGUAUUUUUGCCAGAAAUACUUAAAGUAUGUUGUGCUGUUUUUUCGGAGUUGACUCAGAAUCAUUGAAGUAAUUUUUGUGACAUAUUCUUUGGAACCUAGCCUAGUCAGAAUAGUUUAAAGUUCCAAGGAGAUUUUUUUUCCUUUAAGACCAACAGUUUCAGGCUAAACAGGUGAGCAGAGUUCAUAGAAAAUUUCUACUACCCCAGUGCUCCAAAGAUUGAUGUACAGUUGGGAUUUUUUUCCCCUUCUUUGAGUGUUAAAAAGUCAUUUAUAUGUUGUUUGGUUGGUUUUUGAGCCCUCCCCUUCAUAAAAUAAGGAAAAAGAAUACUCUUCACAGGUAAUGGAAGUUUGUAGAAAUGAAUCAGAAGUAUGUUUUCUGGGAGUUCCCUUGUGGUACAGGAGGUUAAGGAUCCAGUGUUGUCACUGCAGCAGUUUGGUUGCUGCUGUGGCGCAGGUUCGAUCCCUGGCCUGGGAACUUCCACAUGCCACAGGCAUGGCCAAGAAUUUUUUAAUUUUUUUAAUGUAUAUUAAAAAAAUCUCUAAAGAUUAAUAUAGAUACACUGGAACACUGGGAUUAAUUGGUGCUGUGUUUAUAAUGUAUAAAAAUAUUUCAAGAAAUAGUGUCUGUACAUGUACACACACACAAAUAAUGGGUAUUUGGCUGAGCAGAGAGAGCUUUUACUUCCAGGCAUCCCAUAUGGGGGAAGCCACCAGGCACUACCACUUUCUUCAGUAUUUUCUCGAUAGUUGUCUCCUGAUAAAACUGGUAUACUACAGUUAGCAGAUUUUAAAUGUUGCAUGGGCACACAGCACAAUGAGAAAUGGAAAAGUCAGUAUGUUGACUGAAGUAAAACUCGGUGUUUUUAUGAGAGUUCGAUGUGACAGAAAGCACAGUGUAGCUUUGAAGUCAAACAGGCCAAGGAUUUAAAACUGAUUCCAGUUUUUGCUAAUUCUGUAACUUCAGCCAAGUUAGCUAAAUAGCAGGUGCUCGGGUUUUUUAAUAUAAACCUAAAGAUAUUAAAAAUAGUUAAACUUCAUAAAGUUUUCCUCUGAGAAGCCUUUCCUGACCACCUGGGUCAAGAUAGCCCCUUAUCUGUGUGUCAUGGUUCUCACAAUUUAUUGUAUUCACCUAUUUUCAUGGCUGUGUGGUCAUGGGACCACAACAUUUUUGAUGAGUAGGAACCAGCCUGAAUUUCUAUAAGCCUAGAGUCCAGAACGUGGCAUUUAGCAUUUUUUUUUAAUGUCUUAGAUGAUCCUCUCGCCCUUUUGCAAAACCUCUGGUAUCACUGCUUUCCUGACUUUUUUGUUUUGUAAUAUAUAUUGACCUGUAGCUCCCUCAGCUGCUGAUCCAGACUUGCAAUGCCUCUGCAUUAGAUAAUUCUCUGAAGGCUUUCCACAUGCGAAGUGAGUGAUGCCGAUAAUAAGCCCUCUGUAAAUGUAUCGGUUGAGAGAAUUGCCAAAUUAGUAUAAGCCUGCUAAUUGUAUGUUGGUUUGUUU